AUGGGAGAAGCCAUGAACAUCCAAAACAUUCUUGACACGGGUUACUUCACCACCUCUCGAGCUCGCUCAUCCGGCCCCCCUGCUUCAUCUUUCCCGAGACCUCCACCCUUGUCGCAUUCUACUCCUUCAGACACGCUUCCUCCACCAGUUCCAGUCCACAGUCAGGUCCCCAGGACGGUAUACCUUGCGCCCGCGCCAGCUCCCAGGAUAGUUCGCGCUCCGCCACCCACGGUUGAAGAUGAGUUGGAGUCAUUAGCCAGGGAGUAUGGGUCUUGCUCGGCUUCGCUGGUCUCGGAUGAGGAGACUCCGUCCAGAGGCGAAGUUGAUCAGUACCCAGUUCUCAUGGAAGUCCAUGAACACAACCCGGAACGACGUUUUGUAAUUGUACCAGAGCCCUUAAAGGAUCAGAUGCCUCGCGUAGACGAGCAACCUCGGGCUGAAAUACCAGUCAAAGCAGAUUACACAAGAGCUCACAGCCACUCGAGGAAGACACUGACAACAGAAGAGGGUCCAGACAAGGAUGGUAUAGAUAUCUCGCGGUAUGGAUUGCAGCGUCGCAAGAGCAACCAAGAAUCACCGCCUAUAGAUACUGAACUGGGAAACCAAAUUCAAACCAAGAAUCACGGGACCAAACCAGCCGCCACUGGUCUUAUGUCGGACUAUUUUGAUUCUCGCCGGUCCCGUUCCCACGGCGAUCGCGUAUUGUCUCCGGAUAUAAAUUCCAGUGGACCAAAACAGCAUGCAAAUUCCAACCGUGGUUGGAGCCAACCCUCGGGAGCAUAUAGUGCGCGGUCACCAUCGCGGACAAGCCAGCCCUUCGACGACCGUGACGGCCAUUCGAACCCCGGACAACCACGGACGAGUAGAGAUCCUUCAGGUACAAGGCGAUCCAAUACAGACUUGGACAGCAGUCGAUCACAAAGGAUGGUGUCCAUUGACGUUGAUCCUCGAUAUAGAGACCACCACCCGCACUCCAGGGGCGAAAAAGGAGACAGCUCACAAGCCUACGCUCAUUCGGGUGAAUCAAGACCCAGACUGUCCCCCCGUCCUUCCAGAGAUCCGAGCCGUUCUGGAGAUGAAAAUUCAAGCCGUCCCUGCAGUCCUGGAUACCUUCCAUCUAAGCCCGCAGUAAUUCAAGAUGUGAAGCCAUCAGGUUGGCACGACAGAAGAGAAGACCUUCUCAGUGGCGAUACUCGAUCCGCCUCCCGAACAAAUACUUUUCCACGUACGACUGCAGAAGGAGGAGGAGCUUCCGCCGCAGCGGCUCAAAUGGCCCAUCACUCCACAAGCCCGGCGCCAAGAGAGCCAGCGAGAUCGGUUCUUCGAGCAGCUGAACCGCCCGCCUAUUCAGGAGCGAGUUCAAGGUCUCAGCUGCCGUACCCGGAUGAUGACUACUCACCUAGUUCUGGUCUAGACAUACAGAACACCGAUCCAGGAGCAAGAUGCCACAAACAUGACAGCAUAGCUGCCGUGUCCAUGCCCGAGCCAGUGCUACAAACACCUGUUACCGCAACUGGUCGCUUUUUCGAGUCGAGCAAUAGCACACCAGUUGCGCCUGCAGCCCUGGGGACUUCGCAAACUUGGACCCCCGGAGUAUUCGAUCCAGAAAAAGACGGAUUCCCCGCUGAAAGACUGAUUGGCUCAUUGAGAAGAUAUUCAGAGAACCGCGGAAGAGACGGAGAUGAUGUUCUACCCGAGUGUCCUCGGCAAAAGCCUGUGGCUGGCAAGGUGGACUGGCUGACGCUUCCCCACACGAGCCUCAACUUUUGCCCCAGCUGCUACGACGCUGUGUUUGCCAAAUCGGAGUACCGAUUCCUCUUCAAGCCAAUGUUGCGACCCUUUGGAGAGCCUAUUGCGUGCGACUUUGGCGUCUCGCCUUGGUAUAGAAUAGCUUGGCUCCUUACGCUCAAGGAUGACAUCCCUGAUCUUCGCCUCAUGCAGCAAAUCUCGAAUCUUAAUUCCGCUGCGGAUCAGGAGCCGUGCCCUGGAACAAAGAAAGCCGUUCGAAGCUGGCUGACAGUCAAGGAUCCUCACACGCGUCUCCCUGUCCCCGACUUCUCCGUCUGCCAACAAUGCGCGAGGAUAGUGGAGCUGUUGCUGCCAAAUCUGAGAGGGGUCUUUGAACAUCUUGACUUUCGACCAAGGCAAGAUAUGUGUGCGCUGCACUUUGCACGGGACAGAAAAGAAUUCGUGCUCUUCUUGGAUGCCUUGGAGACUACAUCUGAUAAAGCCAUGGUGACUAAGAAGCCACCAAAUGUAGAUGACUUGGCACGUCAGUUGUGGAGAUUGACGGUUGGUUUCCGAUGCCGCGAAGACGCGCCUGUGAUGGACGGUUAUUGGCAUACGAUGCAAUUUCUUCCCGAGUUUACGGUAUGCGCCAACUGUUUCGAUGAAGUCGUGGAGCCCAAGCUCAGCGAUGGAAACGUUGUUGCACGAAACUUUUACAAGAAACCGCAAAGACUUCCCUCAGCUACGUGUCAGCUUUACUCGAUUAGGAUGCGGGAGAUUUUUCGACGAUCCUGCCGCACGAAUGAUCCCAAGUACCUUGAGGAUAAGGUCUUGCAGAGGCGCCGGAAGGAGAAGGAUAUCUACGAUCAGUUGGUGAAAUUAGACAGAGCAAAUGUAAGCAGCUCCUGGAAGGAGGAAGAGGUGGCAAAGCUUGUGGACGAAUGGAAGAGAUGGGAAUAG